AUGAGCACUACCGAAACAAUUACCCAGCCUGUCACGGUCACGCAACCGAUCACCGUGGCGCAGCCUGCGAUCACCGCUGAGAAUGUUCAACAACUGUUCCCCGAAGUGAACACCACAAUAAUCGGUGGCUCGCACGCUUCCGCCACCAGCGACAAUGCGCUCGACGGCUACAAUGAGGAGCAAAUACGAUUGAUGGACGAGGUGUGCAUUGUCUUGGACGAGAAUGACCUCCCAAUCGGCAGUGCGACCAAGAAAUACGCACAUCUGAUGGAGAAUAUCAACAAGGGUCUGCUCCACCGCGCUUUCUCCGUCUUCCUCUUCGACUCGCAGAAUCGAUUGCUCCUCCAACAGCGCGCAUCCGAGAAGAUCACUUUCCCCGACAUGUGGACGAACACUUGCUGCUCACAUCCUCUGGGCAUUCCAGGAGAGACUGGCUCAAAUCUAGAGGAGGCUACACAAGGAGUGCGCCGCGCGGCGCAGCGCAAGCUGGACCAGGAGCUCGGCAUCAAGGCGGAGCAGGUGCCCAUCGAUGACUUCCGCUUCCUCACAAGAAUACACUACGUCUCACCGAGCGACGGCAAGUGGGGCGAGCAUGAGAUUGACUAUAUCCUCUUCAUCAAGGCCGACGUCGAUCUGAACAUAAACCCGAACGAGGUGCGAGAUUCCCGAUUCGUCUCUCAGGAGGACCUGAAGACCAUGUUCAAGGACCCUUCGCUCAAGUUCACGCCGUGGUUCAAGCUCAUUUGCGAGAGCAUGUUGUACGAGUGGUGGAGCCACCUUGACUCGGGCCUGGAGAAGUACUUGGGCGAGAAGGAGAUCCGAAGAAUGUUGUAG